CUCUGUUUCUUUCACCCUGUGCGCCAGACGGAGGAUUAUUGCUCUCACGGGAUUUUUGUCCGAGAUUGAAGCAUCCGAACUUCUCUGUACCUCUUUUUUAUCGUCUCUCUUGCGACAACCCCUCCAUUCCUCCUCACAAUGGGCAAAUUGACCUCCACGAUCGGUAUCCCGAUCAAGCUUCUUAACGAAGCCCAGGGCCACGUCGUCACCCUGGAAAUCACCUCCGGAGUCGUGUAUCGAGGAAAACUUCUCGAGGCCGAGGACAACAUGAACGUUCAACUGAAGGAUAUCACGGUCACUGCUCGGGAUGGUCGCGUGUCGCAUUUGGAUCAGGUCUAUAUUCGCGGAAGCCACGUGCGGUUCUUCAUUGUGCCGGAUAUGUUGCGAACCCCCAAAAAGAAAGAACAACAAUGCCCCAACCAACCCCAGCAAAACAACGACGUCAUCGCCAACCCCCGCCGCCUCCUCAUCCUCACCCCCUCGCAACACUCCCACACCACAAUCCCCCCAUUCCUGCACUCCCUAACCGGCUGCCCCGUUAUCGAUCCCCCGACCGAGACCAGAAACCAGAACCACCCAGAUACUGACCCCAAUGCGAGGCCGCCGCCGCCGACGACGACUACAUUCGCAGGCUACACGACACACCCCCCGCUCCGACUCGAGAAUAGGUAUUAUAAAGCCGAGGUGCCGAUUUGGGUUGAUGAGAUCCCGCUUUCUAUUCCUGGGUCUGGGUCUGAGGAUGUGAAUGCGAAUACAACUACAACUACAACUACACAAAAUGACCAACCGGAGCUAAACCCCCAAGGAAAAGAAGAAGAAGAAGAAGAAGAAGAAGGACAAAAACAAGAACAAGAACAAGAACCCCUCACGCCAAUAACAUGGCGGAAAGAGUUCUCCGGCCCAGAAGCGAAGGUCGUUAGGGAUGCCAUCGGGGGCGUGGUUAUAUGUUUGCGCAAUUUGGAUCUCGUGUCUGCGUCUCCGUCUCCGUCUGCAGAAGCAGAAGCAGAAGCGGAUGUGGAGGAAAGACCGGAGUGGAAGGGUCUGCGGACGUUCCUGGAAGCUUCCGGUGUUGGUACUGCUGCUGCUGCUGCUGGGGGGGAUGCGGAUGAGGUCGAUGGCUUGGGGGAGGAAGAGGUCUUUUCUGUCCCCUGGUGGGAGGAUAAAUUGUUUGAUCUGGGGUUGAUGGGCUUUGAGGUUGUUAAUUGGGAUCCUAGGGAGGUUGGGAGUUCGGAGGAGAGGGAUCGGUUUGGGGAGUAUCAGGGUAUGCGAAGGGUGAGGGAGAUUCUAGAGACCCAUGAUUGGGCUUCGACACCUGUUGGGGAAUCGGAUGGUGUGGAUGGUGUUGAGGAUGAGCUGGAGAGGCACUUGCUCGAGGAUGGGUUCGAUCUGGAGGUGAACGAGCUGGAGCGGGAGAUGGUUGGGUUGCGGUUUGCGAUUGAGAAUGGAGGCGACGAUGUAGGCGGGAUUGACGGGGAUGAUGAGAUGAAGGUUGAGUCAAUGGAGGCGUUGAUGUUGCGGAUGAAAGCGAUUAAAGACAUGAGUGAUGAGUUACCGGAGAGUGAACGGAAACGAUUUGCGGCGAAAGCCGUGCGAGAUAUCAUGAUGGAGUUAUAA